CUGUGUUGUGUUUACCGUUUUAAACUCAAAUGUAGCGACGGAUACGGUCUUCGUUCCCCCACAACGUCACACUCAUUAUCAACAAUUGCGGCAGCCAAGAGAAUCAAUUCCCGGCUCAAUUUCAGUGAGACUUGUGCCAUUGACUUUAACAGCCAUGGUCGGGCGCAUCAAAUUGUGUGCACUCUUGACAUUUGUCUAUUUUUUGACCUUGGCGAAAUGCGAUCUCGGAACGGAUUUGGCAGCGCGCAUUGCACCAGACACAUCGCCCGAUGUACAGGAAGAUGCUGCGAAACAGCUUAUUCAGCGUGUUAUUGGACUUCGAGCAUCGCAAUGGUUUCAGGUGGAAGUUAACAAGAUUCUGGACCCGAGUAGCUAUCAGAUAACUCGCUUAGAUAAUGGAAAGGUGUUGAUUACUGGAUCAAAUGGAGUCUCUGUAUGCAAGGGCUUCCAUUAUUAUCUAAAGUAUGUGCUGAAAAAGGAUUUCGAUUGGUAUAAAACGCAUAUUGAGCUGCCGGAAGACUGGGAUCCGCCUAAUGUAACACACCGCUCAAAAUCCAGCAGUCCGCUUAUCUAUUAUCAAAAUCCUUGCAUAUGGAGCUAUAGCUUUGUGUGGUGGCAAUUUGAUGAGUGGCGGCGUCACAUCGAUUGGAUGGCCAUGAUGGGCAUUAAUCUAGUGAUCGCCCCCAAUCAGGAGGCGAUCUGGCAGGAUGUCUACACAGAGCUGGGACUAACGCCACAGGAAAUCGAAGCACACUUUGCGGGUCCUGCAUUCCAAGCCUGGCAACGCAUGGGCAAUUUGCGAAGCUGGGGUGGACCUUUGCCGCCUGCACACAGGCAACUGCAGCAACUACUGCAACAGCGGAUACUAGCGGCUCAGCGUGAGCUGGGCAUGAGCGUGGCUCUGCCUGCGUUUGGUGGAUAUGUGCCGACCGCAAUGCGGCGCGUCUUUCCCAAUGCCAGCCUCACGCAGUCCGACCGAUGGAACGAUUUUCCUGAUCCCUAUUGCUGUGUCCUGUUUGUUGAGCCGCAAGAUCCGCUCUUUCAGCAGGUGGGCGCAAUGUUUUUGCGCCGGGUCAUUCAAGUCUAUGGCUCCAAUCACAUCUACUUCAGUGAUCCGUUCAACGAGAUGAUGCCACGUGUUCCCGAGCCGAACUACGUGCGAUACACAGCCAAGGCCAUUUACAACUCGAUGCAAGUGGUGGAUGCUGAUGCUGUGUGGCUGCUACAGGGUUGGAUGUUCUUGAAGUCCGUCUACUGGACAAAUGACCUCAUCGAGGCGUACCUCACCGCUGUGCCACGGGGUCGCAUCCUGGCCUUGGACCUGCAAAGCGAACAAUUUCCGCAAUACGAGCGGACGCACUCCUACUAUGGCCAGCCCUUUGUGUGGUGCAUGCUGAACAAUUUCGGUGGCAACCUUGGCCUCUUUGGCUCCGCCCAGCUGAUCCCUAGUGGAAUCAUAGCUGCACGCUCCAUGCCCAACAGCAGUAUGGUGGGCGUGGGCAUAACGCCCGAAGGCAUUGGCCAAAACUAUGCCUUGUUCGCCCUCACUCUCGAGCAAGGCUGGAGUCAAGAUGAGCUGCAGCUCGAAGAAUGGUUCGAGUACUUUGCUUUAACACGUUACGGCGUAAAUGAUACGCGCUUAACGCAGGUGUGGCAACUUCUGCGGAAUAGCGUUUACGCCUUUCAAGGCCGAGAGCGCAUGCGUGGAAAGUAUACGUUGAACAAAAGGCCGAGCUUACAUCAUUAUCCUUGGGUUUGGUACAAUGUAACCAUGGUCUAUGAGGCUUGGCGCCUAAUGCUGGAAGCGAAGGACACGGUACCUCUAAAUGAUAACAGGCGUGCCAUCUAUGAGCACGACUUGGUGGAUAUCACGCGCCAGUAUCUCCAGCUGAGCUUCGAUCGCUUUUACGUCAAUCUCAAGUCAGCUUAUCGCAGUAAGCAACUCAAUCGAGUGGAAUAUCUGGCUGGCAAACUUUUGGAACUGUUUGCCGAUAUGGAGCGAAUACUAGCCAGUGGAGAGCAUUAUUUACUGGGCAACUGGCUGGAGGCCGCCAAGCGAUUGGCGCCCAGUGAGGAACAGCGUCCAAUCUACGAAUUUAAUGCACGGAAUCAACUGACGUCCUGGGGCCCAAAUUAUCAGGUUCCUGACUAUGCGACGAAACAAUGGUCUGGCCUGAUGAGCGAUUAUUUCCAGCCCCGUUGGAAUAUGUUUCUGGAGGCUGUGACGCAGGCGCUGCGAACACACACGUCUUUCAAUUACUCCGAAUUCAAACAGCGGGUUGAGAACGAAAUUGAGUUGCCAUUUGGCAACCACACCAAGGCAUAUCCCACAUCUCCAGUAGGGAGCACGUGGAAUAUCUCACACGAUAUCUAUGAGAAAUGGAAUGCUUAUGCGAGAGAUACGCUCUUUCUGAAUUAUUGCCAAAUUGCUGUAAAGGUAGCGCAAUCCCAAAAAUCAGGAGAAAAUGAGUGGUAAUAAUAAAGAAAUGCAUUAAAUGAUGA